AUGCCGGGCUCUGUGUGCCGGUUCCGCGACUCCACCAUCUGGGCGGGUCUAACGCCCCAUUCUGUUGCAGGCGGGCCCCUGGGGCUCCCAGCGGAGCGCAUCCUGGCGGUGCCGGUGCGCACUGACGCCCGGGGCCGCUUGGUAUCCCACGUGGUGUCGGCGGCGACGGUCCGGGAGGGGGUGCGCACUCGCAGGGCCGCCCCCAUCCAGACCCCCAGCUUUCCAGAAGGCAGCGAGGAGGAUGCUGGCGGCCGCCUCUUCUACAAUGUCACGGUCUUCGGUCGAGAUCUGCACCUGCGGCUGCGGCCCAACUCCCGCCUUGUGGCGCCCGGGGCCACGGUGGAGUGGCAGGGCGAGUCGGGCGCCACGCGUGUGGAGCCACUGCUUGGGAACUGCCUCUACACCGGGGAUGUGGCCGGCCUAACUGAGGCCUCCUCCGUGGCUCUGAGCAACUGUGACGGCCUGGCUGGCCUGAUCCGUGUGGCAGAGGAAGAGUUCUUCAUUGAGCCCCUGGAGAAGGGCCUGGCAGCAGAGGCUGAGCAGGGCCGUGUGCAUGUCGUGUACCGCCGGCCGCCUACUCCCAAACCUCCCCCACUGGGGGGCCUGCAGACCCUGGACAUAGGGGCCUACCCCAGCAGCCUGGACCGCCUCAGCCGUACCCUGGGCGUCCUGGAGGAGCGCGUCAACAGCUCGAGGCGCAGGACACGCAGGCACACUGCCGAGGACGACUACAACAUAGAGGUGCUGCUGGGCGUGGAUGACUCCGUGGUGCAGUUCCAUGGGAAGGAGCACGUGCAGAAGUACCUGCUCACGCUCAUGAACAUCGUCAAUGAAAUCUAUCAUGAUGAGUCGCUGGGCGCCCACAUUAAUGUUGUCCUGGUGCGAAUAAUCUUGCUGAGCCACUCGAAGUCCAUGAGCCUCAUAGAGAUUGGGAACCCCUCUCAGAGCCUGGAGAAUGUUUGCCGCUGGGCCUAUCUCCAGCAAAAGCCAGACACAGGCCAUGACGAAUACCAUGACCAUGCCAUCUUCCUCACACGGCAAGAUUUUGGACCUUCAGGCAUGCAAGGGUAUGCUCCUGUCACUGGGAUGUGCCACCCUGUCCGCAGCUGCACCCUCAACCACGAAGAUGGCUUCUCCUCAGCUUUUGUGGUGGCCCAUGAGACAGGCCAUGUACUGGGCAUGGAACACGAUGGGCAGGGUAACCGUUGCGGCGACGAGGUACGACUGGGCAGCAUCAUGGCGCCCCUGGUACAGGCAGCCUUCCACCGCUUCCACUGGUCCCGCUGCAGCCAACAGGAGCUGAGUCGCUACUUGCACUCCUAUGAUUGCCUACGGGAUGACCCUUUUGCCCACGACUGGCCAGCGCUGCCCCAGCUGCCAGGGCUGCACUACUCCAUGAAUGAGCAGUGUCGCUUUGACUUUGGCCUGGGCUACAUGAUGUGCACCGCGUUCCGGACCUUUGACCCCUGCAAGCAGCUCUGGUGCAGCCACCCUGACAACCCCUACUUUUGUAAGACCAAGAAGGGCCCCCCCUUAGAUGGGACCAUGUGUGCAUCUGGAAAGCAUUGCUUUAAAGGACACUGCAUCUGGCUGACCCCUGAUAUCCUCAAACGGGAUGGCAACUGGGGUGCAUGGAGUCCAUUUGGAUCCUGCUCACGCACCUGUGGCACAGGUGUGAAAUUCAGGACCCGCCAGUGUGACAACCCACAUCCGGCCAACGGGGGUCGCACCUGCUCAGGCCUGGCCUACGAUUUCCAGCUCUGCAGCCCCCAGGACUGCCCCGAUGCCCUUGCUGACUUCCGCGAAGAGCAGUGCCGCCAGUGGGACCUGUACUUUGAGCAUGGUGAUGCCCAGCACCACUGGCUGCCACUAGAGCAUCGGGACGUCAAGGAACGAUGCCACCUCUACUGCAAGUCUAAGGAGACAGGGGAGGUGGUGUCCAUGAAGCGCAUGGUGCAUGAUGGAACACGCUGCUCCUACAGGGACGCCUUCAGCCUCUGCGUGCGUGGGGACUGCCGGAAGGUGGGCUGUGAUGGGGUGAUCGGCUCCAACAAGCAGGAAGACAAGUGUGGCGUGUGUGGAGGGGACAACACCCACUGCAAAGUGGUCAAGGGCACGUUCACACGCUCCCCCAAGAAGCUCGGUUACAUCAAGAUGUUUGAGAUCCCAGCAGGAGCCAGACACCUGCUUAUCCAGGAGACAGACAGCACCAGCCACCAUCUGGCCAUCAAGAACCUGGAGACCGGCAAGUUCAUCUUAAAUGAAGAGAAUGAUGUGGAUCCCAAUCCCAUGUCCUUCAUUGCCAUGGGUGUGGAGUGGGAGUACCGUGAUGAGGACGGCCGGGAAACCCUGCAGACCAUGGGCCCCCUCCAUGGCACCAUCACCGUUCUGGUCAUCCCACAGGGAAGCUCCCGGAUCUCGCUAACUUACAAAUACAUGAUCCACGAGGACUCACUCAACGUGGAUGACAACAAUGUCCUGGAUGACAGCUCUGCGGGCUAUGAGUGGGCUCUGAAGAAGUGGUCUCCCUGCUCCAAACCCUGCGGCGGAGGGUCCCAGUUCACCAAGUAUGGCUGCCGCAGGAGGCUGGAUCACAAGAUGGUACACCGCAGCUUCUGUGACACCCUCACAAAACCCAAAGCCAUCCGACGUACAUGCAACCUGCAAGAGUGCUCCCAGCCCGUUUGGGUCACGGGCGAAUGGGAGCCAUGCAGUCAGAGCUGCGGGCGCACAGGCAUGCAGGCACGCUCUGUGCAGUGUAUUCAGCCACUGCACAACAACACCACCCGCUCAGUGCACACCAAGCACUGCAAUGAUGCCAGGCCUGAGGGCCGACGGGCUUGCAACCGUGAGCUCUGCCCUGGUCGGUGGCAGGCUGGGCCCUGGUCCCAGUGCUCGGUAACCUGUGGCAACGGCACUCAGGAGCGGCCAGUGCUCUGCCGUACCUCCGAUGACAACUUUGGACUGUGCCAGGAGGAGCGACCUGAGACAGCAAGGAUCUGCAGGCUUGGCCCCUGUUCCCGAAAUGUCUCUGAUCCCUCCAAGAAGAACUACAUUGUUCAGUGGCUCUCCCGCCCAGACCCUGACUCACCGGCGCAGAAGACCUCGUCAAAGGGCCGCUGCCAAGGUGACAAGUCAAUGUUCUGUAGGAUGGAGGUCUUGUCUCGAUAUUGUUCCAUCCCAGGCUACAAUAAGCUGUGCUGCAAGUCCUGUAACCUGCACAACCUCACCUAUGCGGAUGACAGGGUGGAGGCGCCACCUGGGAAGCACAAUGACAUUGAGGAGCUCAUGCCCACCCAUCCCGUGCCCACACUAGUCAUGGAGGCGUCACCUUCCCCAGGCACACCCCUAGAGGCUCCUCUCAAUGUCUCCAGCACCAAUGCCACCGAGGAUCACCCAGAAACUAAUGCUGUUGAUGUUCCCUACAAAAUCCAUGGUCUGGACAAUGAAGUCCAGCCACCCAACCUAAUCCCUCGACGGCCGAGUCCAUAUGAAAAGACCAGAAACCAAAGGAUCCAAGAGCUCAUUGAUGAGAUGAGGAAGAAAGAGAUGCUCGGAAAGUUAUAAUAAAGUGAAAGAUAGCAUUAACAGCACUUUUUUUCUUGCUUAUAGAGAUUACAUAGGAUAGGAAAUCCUAUGUUGUGUUGGUAAAGUCAAAAUUCUUAAUUCUAAGAGGUUUUGAGAAAACAAAGAGGGAGAAUGAUGUACAUCUAUAGUUACGUGUGUGGCAACUAAGUUAGCACAUGUGUUUCCCAACCCCAGAGUUUUCUAAACCCUGUGCUGGGUUGGGUAUGGGGUGGAGGAAAAUACAGGAGAUCUACAAUCUUUCUGUGUAGGGGGUGGGGCAGGAGGAAUAAGUCAGAAAGAACACACUGGCUCCGAGUGUCUCGGCAGUGAGUCUUCCUCUUAGUGGUGACUACUCUCUGGGGACAUUGGCUAUUUCCUACCAGUCUCCAGACUGAGGCAUAAUCCCCUAGAGAAAUGUCUUAAGUUACUAAAGAGUGGCUUCUUUACUAAAAACUACCAUGAGCACAAUCAAGUUGGGGUUAUGAAUGCAGAUUUCUUCAAGAGCCAGGUUGGAGGAAAGGAUGAGUGUGGCCGAGCAGAGGACUGUACCAACCUGAGAACCACAUUCAACUAGCGCUGGCCAUUGCUGCCAUGUGACUGCUAUUGUCAGAAUGUGUCCUUUCCGGAAAAAAAUCUAGAUUUUCAUAUGAAAAUUUUUAAAAUAUCUUAAGGGGGACUGUGAGUCUGUUGGGCUCUAGAGCCUGGUUUCUAUUUUUUUUUUUUUUUAAUUAGGGACUUGAAUAGCCAUUUGACCCAUUUGAUGCUCCUGGGCAGUAUUUGGAUAUAUCAGCUGAGUUGGAACUGUCCAUUUCUUCCUCAGGAAGUACCCAAAUUAUGUACCUAGUACAUAUACAUCACAUCUUCCUACAAAGGAGAAAACAGUGGAGGGCACUCUCAGGUUUUCCCAAGCCUCACUCACUACAGUAAUCCUGGCCUUGAGUAAUCCUGGCCACCUAGCCUCAACACCAGAGGCCUCAGAGAGGUGCUUUCCCUCCCCAAGUGCAUCAGAAGGAUGAGGGAGCAGGCAAAUUGCUGGAAAGUGCAGUGAGAGGUAAGGCCUUGAACCUCCCAUAUGGGAGAGUCACCAUCAGGUACAUGCCCACAUGCGUUGAGGUUUUGGGCUUUGUAGACGUGGGUCUGGUCCUGAAGACCAGCUUUUCCUGCGAUGGAAUGCAUGACCUUUCCCUGUGUAGCUCUCUACCCCUUAGAAGUUCACAAACCCUCAGUAAGCUGCCCAACAGGACCAUUCUUAAAGUGGGAGAUGAUGAGCGCUUGCUUUAUUUUUCACACUCUACAAACUUUAACAACUUCUGGCUUUGACAAAAUGGUGCCAUGUUUUGAGCAAGAUGUAAAUGAGAAAUAGAAGGAACAAUCUAGGGGUGGGGGAGGGGAUGGUGGCUAACUUACUUCUCCCUGUGCUGAUAUUUUAGGAACAUGUAGCUUAAACUUCUCCAAACUACAGCACUCAGGGGCACAUUAGGCCUUUAGGUGGACCUAAGGAGACUCAUAAUUCUGAAAUUUUUCAUAUCCAGGGAAGUUCAGAAACCUUUGCAUUCUUGCCAGUCAUAGAUUGUAAAGAACUAUUUCUUUCUUAAUCCCUCAAUAUAUGGAUGAGAAUACUGAGACUCAGAAUAAUACCAUGAUAGCUAUUUUAUGUUGAAUUUAAGGUGCUAAGGAUGUUUGUCUGAAUCUGCGCAUGUGUAUGACUGUCAGAGUGUGUGGUGUAGGAAAACAGUGAGAAAUAUCUGGGAUGAUGCUUAAUUUUCCAGCUGGAUGAUAAGUAGCCUCCUUUCCACCCAAUGCAACCUGCCCCUUUCUUCUAAUCUUCUAACACAUCCCACAUGUGCACAUUGACUGUCCUUGUGUCUCAGAAGAGCUUGCUGGAUCCUAAGAACCAAACUGGAGAAAGCAUUUUGUAAUAUGUCUCAUCACAUUACUCUUUAAUAAGAUGUGGUAUGAAGCACUGAAGCAGUGCUAUUGCUCUGUAAUCAGGAAAUGGAUCCCAGGGCUUUCCUGAAUUUGAACCUGUGGCAGCUGAUAAUAUUCAUGAAAUGAAGGCAGAUCUUGCUUGGUUGUGCCCUAGAAAGUGGAGAAAGUUCAGUGUUGACCCAAGAUAGAGCUGAUUACUCAGUGCAUACAUCUGGGGAUCUCAGACUUCAGCAAAUGAAGGCUUCAUGCCUUGGGUCUGGAGGCCUUCAUGGAAAGGUCCCAAAUGGGACAUUCUUAGGGAUACCUACCUUCUGUUUGAGGAAGAAUGAUGUCUUUUGGGAGCUGUAGGUCAACAUGGACAUGGCCCCAGAAGCAUGCUAAGUGCUUUAGGCUAUAUAUCCAGAGUUCUCUAGAACAACAAUUCUCAGAAGCCUCUCUCUGUAAAGAACUGUGUAAAUCUCCACAGAGCAUAGGGCUUUCAGGACAGAUGCCUUUGCCACAGUAGUGAGCUUCCAAGAGCUAUUGUCCGAGGUUACUCCUGCAGCUAGAAGACACAGAAAGUGUCUUCUCACUGGUUUGUAACAUCAUGUUGAGAAUCAGAGAUCCCCUUUAUCCCUGGCUCCAGGAAAUUCAGCUGAGGUGUCUGAGAGGAACCUCAUGUUCAUGGGGAGACUCAUCUGAAAUACUAGGAACUGGUUCUCUGAUCUGCUGCUUUUCGAAAGUCCAUUAAUUUCAUGUAUAAGCCUUUCAGUUGUAUUUUAAAAUUUUUGUUUGAGCAUUAAAUGGUGCACUAUAGUGAAGUGUUUAUCAAAUGAAGCUUUAUGUCAUGCAGAUGUACUCCUGAAUGGCAGCAACUACCAUAUGAAUCAUCACGGUGCUGAGCUCACAUCACAAUAUUUUAUCUUACUGAUCACAGCAAAUCAAUACAUUUGUUUUCUGUAUAGUAAAAUAUGCCUCCUCAAUUUUAU